AUGAACCCUUUCGAGUACAACGCCAAUCCUGGCCGGGUCGUCUUCGGCUCAGGCAGUAUCAACAAACUGCCUGCUGAAGUACAGAGACUCGGUCUCAAGUCACCGCUCCUGUUGUCGACACCUCAACAGACGUCACAUCUGGACGACUUGGCCAAGGUCCUCGAAAACGGCAAUAUCAAGCCGGCAGGAAAGUAUAGCAAUGCAACAAUGCAUACACCCUCGCACAUCACCGAAGAAGCCAUGGCAUACCUGAAGGAAAACGCCGCGGAUUGUGUUGUGAGUAUCGGUGGUGGCAGCACUACAGGUCUAGGAAAAGCCAUCAGUGUCCGGACUGGACUGCCACACAUCUCCAUCCCCACCACCUAUGCUGGCAGCGAGAUGACCCCAAUCCUUGGCGAGACACAAGAUGGACGAAAGACCACUCGAAGUGACCCCAAGAUUCUACCAGGCACAGUCAUCUACGACGUCGAUCUCACCAUGACACUACCAGCAGCUCUCUCAGCAACCUCCGGUGUCAACGCCAUCGCUCACGCCGUCGAGUCUCUCUACGCCUCCAACACCAACCCCAUCAUCCGAAUGUUCGCCCUCGAAGGCACCAGCUCUCUUGCCAAGUCUCUACCAACCAUCGUCAACGACCCGCACAAUAAAGGCGCACGAUCACAAGCACAAUACGGUGCCUGGCUUUGUGGUAUCACUCUUGGCUCAUCCGCCAUGGCUCUCCACCACAAACUAUGCCAUACACUAGGCGGAAGCUUCAACCUGCCACAUGCCGAGACGCAUACCAUCGUCCUUCCGCAUGCCCUGAGCUACAAUGCGCCCGCUAUUCCGUCGCAAAUGGCUGAUCUCGCUUCAGCCUUGCCAGAAAGUAAUGGGGACGCCAUACAUGGCCUAAAUGUUCUGCUUGAGAAAUUGAAAGUGAAGCGAGCGUUGUCGGACUUCGGUAUGAAGGAGGAAGAUAUCGACAAGGCAACCGAUAUUGCUAUGAGUGCACAAUAUCCAAACCCAAGGAAGUUGGAGAAGGAGAAAAUUCGGGAGUUGAUCAGGCGGUGUUGGGCAGGCGAACCAGCAAAAGGAGAUCUGUGA